UUAUGCGGUUGUAGUGUGGGGAAAUACUUAUUCAUCAAAUCUAAACAAGUUGUGUUCUCUUUAAAUAAUUGCAUUCGUUGUAUGUUUUUUGCUUAUAGUAGAGAGUCAUCCCACGUUUUCUAUAAGCUUCUUGAUAUUCUUAAUAUUGUUAAACUGAGUACGUGCCCACUCGCACAUAAGAUAUUGAACAAUUAUUCCAGUAUUCCCUUCCUGUUUUAUGAUUCUCUCAGAACAGUUUCUAGCCUGCACAAGUAUAACGCCAGAUACGCCUCCAAGAGUAUUUUCAUCGACCAAAAGUAAGAUUCAACACUGUCAAAUUUACCUUUGUAUAUGUAGCCUCUAAAUCAUGGGAAACGGUAUUAACAAACUGGAAACGGCUCUCCAUUGAUGGUUUUAAAAAGCGUUAUAAAAAUCAUCCCUUCAAACAUCAGUCACAGUUCUGAAUUCCCGACUAAAAGUCACUUUGUAAUCAUAUUUAUGUAGGUAAUCUUAAUGUAAUAUGGCCAUCGUUUUCAUAACACUUCUUGCUUUGUUAAGUAGUUUGAUUAUUAUUCCUUUCCUGCGUUCCUUUCUUUACUUGUAAAUAAACAGCAGCCAACUGGAAAGCUUUGCUACGUUGGCUGUUGCAUACUGAUUCAAAAAUUGUACAUAUAGUUAUAUAAUCUAUAUCAAUUUCGUUUUUCUAUAGUUUCCUUUUUUUUUUCUUCUUUUCUCCUUGUACCUGAAUCGUGUGAAUAAAAAUAUUGUCAUUGUUGUCAUCGUCAUUGUCAUUAAAAGUUCUGGACGGAUAUAAAGCUUCACGCUCAGCUACCUGCAUUCUCCCAAUUGCUAUCAUGGUACGGUUCUUGGCUCAGUUUAUGUACAAAGGAAACUUUAAUUCCGCAGCACGGUGGGGGUAUGAUAACAUGGGCGAUAUGCCUUUAUUGACUGUUCUUUGUAGAAAAUCUCGGAGUGAUGCUGCGAAGUGAAAAUUUCGAGAAAAUACUACUACCAAUCCAAUGACAGAAAAUCGUGAGAAAUGAAAGUUUUCAGUUCUGAGAUUUUAUAAUCAGAAAAAUUCCCCAGAGUCAGACUUAAGUAAAUAUUGAACACUCUCAAAGUGAAUGACAACUUAACGGAUAAUUUUGGAAAAUCUUAUCGGUUCCUGAAAACCGUACUUACCGGUUCUUUAUUUGGAUAUUCCUUUUGGUCGGUGAUCGAUGAUAACUACUCUCCAGCUAAACCACUUGGUUUCCGUCAUUGAUUGUAGACCUGGCUCCUUAACAUUAUCUCAGUCAGAAAAGUUAAAACUUCCUUUUGUGUAUGUAUAAAAGAAAGAUUUCCAUGCUCGUCUGAUAAUUUUCAUUGUUGAUAUUCUAACACAGCAGUGUUAAACAGAAAUAUCGUUACAUGCAUUCAAUAUAGACCUAAGUACUAAUCUAGUAUUAGAUCUAACUUUACGCACUUGGUUCCCACUAAUUUUUUUGCUCCCUACGUUGUUGUCAAGCAUUAAAACUCAUCCAGUAACUCUUUUAGACGUUGCUCUUUAAACGAUUCUCUUAUUAAAACUGAGUGACAACAGUUUUACUCUUUUUGAUUGGGGAAGAGUUCAAAUUUUGAUGUUGUAACUGCAUUAUCCAAGUAGCAGGUCAUUUUCACCGAAGUACUAUUCGGUGAAGCUUUGUAAUUAAAACUACUCAGGACAUGAAAUCAAAAAUAUUAGACGAGAAAAUUGCCGAACUUUAUAACAUCAAUUUGACAUAUUGAAUUCUAAAUAAAACUUUUCAGAAUUAUGAAAGUUCAUUUUUGUCUGAUAUUUUGAUAAUGGUACCCCAAAAAAGCUUCCUCUCCCGUCAAAACUCUAUAAUUUAUGUGAUUAUUCUACCCAUUAAGACUCCCGUAUAAUAGUCUUUUUCCGUAGAAUCGUUUUUGUUUCUCCUGUUGACUGUUAGCCAUUUGCACUGACUACAUGCUCAACCCUAAGAAAAGAGCUGGAUAAUUGCAAUAUUUAGUAGAAGGUCAUUUCAUCGAGAUCCUAAUCAGUGAAACCCUAUUAUCAAAUUUACGCAGGAAUAAAAUAUUAGAAAUAUCGGACGAGAAAAUUGUUCAACCGUGUAGCAUCAAAUCGGCGUAUUCGUAACUCUAAAUAUAACUAUCCUUAAUUUAAAAGUUAGAUUUUUGGCUGACAAUUCAAAAUAGUCAAAACGAAAGCAGGGAAAUUUUGUAUCACAACUUUAUUCCGAUCUCCAAGGCUUCUUCUCUUCUAGUGUUGUUCCGUAAAAUUGUCCUUGAUGCAGUUUAAUGUCUACCGUGCGCACUAACUUCAAGGACAACCUCUCUAUUUUUAGCCUUAGACUAUUUAGAGUGCUUGAAGAAACAUAUUCUCGAAACCUCCAUGCCUUUGUCUUGUCACCUAUUGCAUCAUAAAAUACUACUUUUAUUUACCUAUUUUUGAUCCUCCCCUAGUUAAUUUCAUGCAAAGUAUGCAAUGUUAUGUAAUGGAUUUUGGCUCUACACUAUUAGCAUCUCUGAUUAUUUUUCUCAGACCAUUCCUUUUUCCACCCAUUCAAUGGUGUACUUUUACUAAGAACUCUUUUUUCCUUACCUAGAUGCUCCUCUGAGUGAGGAUACAGGUCACUUUAAGAAGCUACUUAGUUACUUUUUGAAGCCUGAUUAAAAAAAGAAGUUACCAGAAAAUAUAAGAAAACUCAUCAGAAUUAUCUUCAAUAUAGUUCAUACGAAUGUGGAUAAGAAAGCAACUCUGUGUCUCUUAGUGCCGUGACUCUCUCCACUUAAUUACCGGUCUGGUUGUAUUUAAAUGAAAACCAGCGUAUUCCACUUUGAUUUUCAUCUUUAAUCAGUUUUUUUUGCCUUCUCUUUUCCCCCUAAAUAGCCCAAGAAGUUGAAGAUCUGAAUGAAAAAGACUUCGAGACUACCUUCGAUAAAUUUGACGCAGAGAAUGAUGAGGAACCGGAGAAUGAAAAUGAAGCAUUUGACGAGUUAAGAGAUGAAGAAAACGAGAGGGAUGCUGAGGAAUUAGAAGAAAUGAACGAUGAAGACGAAGAGACAGGCAAGAGUUGAUCAUUAAAUUUAGUUAACAAGAAAACCGAGUUCUGUCUCCGCUUCAGAGAUGAGAUCCAAGUUAUACUGUCAAUGACGAAAGUUUGGAAUUUUUCUAUCCAUCGGGAAGAAACUCGUGAAAGAACUGUUUAGGAGUAAUGGUCAUUUUCCGCAUUAACCAAGAUUUUUUAAAGCAGGUUUUGGUUGAGAACAGUUGAAAGUUGGUAUUAAAUUCAUUUCGGGAUGGAAAAAAAGUUCAACUCUUGCGAGGUUUUUAUUUCAAUGGCAAAUAAGAAUCAAGGAAAAGAAUACAGUAACUUCUCGCUACACUGAUUAUACUGAAAGGAUCCAUAUAAAUGUCUGAAUUUGCCUUCUCAUAGGAAUUACCGGGCGGUUUGCUUCUUUUGGAAACAAAGAUCAAUUACUUUGGAAAUGAUGACAUAAUUAUCAAUGAAGUAAACCGUAAGAAAUCUACUUUAUAAACAGAUGUUGUUAUUUUUUGUUCCAUCAGGUGAAGAUGAAGUUUCUGAGGAUCCAAGACCGGUGCCAAGAAAGUCAAGCAAGAAAUAUGGUAAAGCUAUCAACAUAUCUUGAUCUUUUAUCUUGAUCUUACAUCUUGAUUUAUGAUCUAUGAAAAUAUAGCAUUUUAUAGCUGUAACAGAAGAUGGGAAAUAUGUGUUUGUUCAUAAAAUCGUACUAGAGAACGGUCAAAAGAAAACAUCCGGCGCGCGCUGCAAAAUGUUUGAAGGAUAAUAAUUACAAAGCCCCUGUUUUACGGGAAAAUGUGCUCCUAUAUUUGUCCGUGAACGUUAUCUGUUCUUCGAAGCUCGAAGUUUUCCUCGAGAUUCGCUCUCGGAAACUGUUCGCAUCUUGGAACAGAUAAUGUCCGCGGAGAAAUAUCCGUUUAUAUUUUCGCACGAGAUAGAGGCUAUUGUUUGCAUCUAGCUAAGAUAUAAUUAAAGCAACAUCAUUAUUAUAUCAGACAAUUAUCUUGUUAAAUUUGGAGAGAAAUUUUCAUGAGUGGGCCUUUUGUCUGAUUAUGAGAUUUUUAUGUUCGAUAACCCAUCGUUUGAUAUUAAUGGUUUAAAGUAUUUAAUUUUGUAAUUAUUUUAGGUUAUUUGUAUGGGAAAGGAAGAAGCUACCGCAAAUACCGUAAAGGACCCUACGGAAAAAAACCUAGGAAAAGUUACCGUAAAGGCUACCGUAAAUAUCGUGUCCGAAAGGGUUACUACCCAAAAAAAGGAAAGGGUUACGGCUACCGCUACGCCUACCGCUACCCAUACUACCCCAGAGGUCAUUAAAAUGGUGAGUCUUUCACAAAUAUCGAUUAAAGAUUCCUACAAGCUUGCAAUCGCGCAGAAAAUUGAAAACAUUUUAAAAUCAAGAAUUGCAUGUACUAGUCCUUGUCUCUCUACUACUUAUAACAUGCCAUAAAUAAGUACGCUUGUCUCAACUGGCCUCAUCACUCACUAAAGUAACUUUAGGAAGGACACUACCUCACUUUAUUUUUUCUAUUUCAGGUUAGGCGAAAAUGAUUAGACUGGACCAAGACUCACGCAAGAUUAAGAAAGUUGCUUCAAAGUCAUAGCUGAAAAUGUAGCUUUAAAAGCGUUAAAUAAAUUUUUUUGGUUCAGUUGACAUCCUUGGUCUCUUUGUUUUUUACUUUCAUUUUAUGUCUGCUGCAAACCGCAAGCUACACAAUCCACAUCGCAAUUGACUAAAUUCUGAAAUAAAUGAUUUGAAUUUUUUCAUCUUGUCCUAAACGUUUAUAAGCACGCUUUAUCACUACUUUCCUGCGGUUUCAACCUUUAGUGGCAUUCGCUUGCCUACAACAACCACGUAAAACAACACGAAUGAAAGAAAAUAAAACCAGUUUUUCAAAGACCCCUAAAGUCAUAUAUGACUAAACAUUGUGAUACCUGAUCGCAAAUAAGAUAAGAAAUCUUCAGUCCAUACAUGUAGGAAAUAAGAUUGAAACGAAACUGAACAAGACGCUUGAAUUGGUUGCGAGGCUGGGGCAAUGAAAAUUGAUUAUAGUGAUUUUUAUCAGGGUUGAAUUUAAUCCCCUAUAUAUUGUGCAAGUACUUUACUCCAAGGAAUAAGCUGGAAUAAAGCGGCGCCUUAAAAAAAUUAAGAUCGUUUCAAACAUCGUUUUGUAUAUUCUAUGAGUGCAUCAAAGGUGUAUGGAGCACUACUCUGACCCUUAUUUAGCAAUAAAAUACCAUCCCAGUUUUUAACAGUGUUUAAACGAUGAGCAAUAAUAAUAACAAGAUAGUAAAGUGGGCAAAUUUCCAGAAAAAUUGUGGUGCUGUGUCUGUGUGGAGUAUAACGAGAUAAUUUGGCUUUAUCACCUAAGUUGAUAAUGUGAAUUGGUAACCGUGAAGAGAUUUUAAAACUGUUGUUUCGGGCCCUUCGUCAGAGCGAAUAGAUGAGUUGUGGGUUCUGUGUGUGUGUGUGUUAAUAAGCAGGGAACAUGAGAAGAUAGUAAUGAGAAAAGACAAAUUAGUUGAAUUAAGAGCGUUUAUGAUACCAUGGGGAUUAGGGGUUUAUUUACAGAUUAUUUUAAGUACACUUCCGCAUAUAUUGGAUUUUGAUCCAAAGUAUUGACAUUAUCCAUGAAACGCAUAACUGAAGCGUUGAGGCCGCCAAUAAGGCCAUUCUCUGCCCGGAGUUACAACCGUUUAAGCCAUGCAGAUGUAAUUUUAUUGGAUCCCAGUUUUCUUCUUGGAGCCUGUACCGCCCCUUACCUGGUAGGAAAAGCAGGAAGCACUUUUGUCAGAAAUAUAGGAGCAUGACUUUUUUUUUGUCUUUUUUUUUCCUUGAUAGUGCAUCCUUUUCCCAUCAGCACAUUGGUCAUAACUUUGCUAAUACAAAAGACAAAGGUCAGUUUAAGUAGCUUCUUUAUCAAUCAAAUACAUUUAAGGUUUGCUUUAGCUCUUACGUUCAAAACCCAGCAAAAAAUCUUUUUCAGCUUUAUCAGAGAAGAAAAUUUAUAGGAUAUAUUUUAUACAGUAUCAUCUCCAACGAGGACAUAAAGCAAUUCUAAAGUCGAUUGUAAAGUGGAGCCCUUGCUCUCCAAUGACUGGUUUCAUUGUCUUUAGUUGAUAGAUAAGUAUAGUUUUAGUUGACUUGUGCAUUUUUUUAAUCAUUUUUUCUUGUAACACAGCCCAAGACGUUGAAGAUGUAAGUGAUGACGAGUUUGAGACUGCUUCUGACGAAUUGAUGAUGAAGCUAAUGAUGAAGAACGGGGAAAUGAAGAUGGAGAAUUUGACGAAAUGAGUCGUGAAGAAGACGGGAGUGAUGCUCAACAAUGAAAGAAAAUAACCGAUGAAGAAGACGCGCCAAGUGAAAGUUUAUCACUAAAUUUAGUUAGCAAGAAAACUGAGUUCUGUUUCCGCUCCUUGGAUAAAAAACGAUCCAAGUUACAAUGCAUAUUUCUUCUCCGUGGGAUAGAACUCGUGAAAUAGUUAUCAAGCUUAAGAAUUCAGCUCCCAAAAUUACACUCAGUACACUGAUGAUACUGGUAAUAGCCAUAUAGCUUUUUGAGUCCUAAGGCCGGAAUAAACUGGGGAUACUCGGACGAUUUGGCUCUUCGGCAACAGAGAACAAUAAGAUGGGAUGUGAUGACACGAUUGUUUGAUGAAUAAAUCUUGACCCUUUUAUAUUUCAUUAUUUGAUAAUUUUAACCAAAUGUUUCAUGAAAACUUUCCGGAAAAAAAAAUAGCCAGGGCCCUUUUUAUUUCAUUAUUUAAGAAUUUUACCCAUUUGUUCUAGUGUUCCGUUCAUUUCUCAAGCAACACCUACCAUACAAAAUAACACUGAUAGGAAGAAGAAUAUAACAUUCGCAGAGGGAAGAAAGCCUGUAGGGCAAGCGACAAAAAGACCACCCCCCCCCCAGCUCAAGAUCUGCCAUUCAUUGCGGUACAUAAAUGAAAGAAAACAUAAGAAAGGACCUCACGUAAGUAACCGAAAGCAAAGCGACAACAAGACAAAGUUUCAGAAACAUUUUCAUGUGCCUCAAAGUUAAGAUAAAACACAAAUGAAGUUUAAGCCCUUAUUUGACUUUACUAUAUAUCAUCUCAUGGAUUUGACAUGGGUGUUGAGCAGCACAAAAAAUUAAAGUGUCGUAACGUCAUGCUUUUAAAUUUUGUGUGCAUAUUUGAACACCUGCUAGAGUCCGUUUUGAGUUGUCAGAUCGACAUCUCCGGCAUUAUCUAAUAAAAGCUGAAAAGAGAUGCUUUUACGCCUCAGAUACUUUAGUAAUUUAAACAGUCUUAAUUAUUCUAAACUAUUGAUAUAUUCAGUUCAUUUCGCGAGUCAUGGCGAUAAAUCGAAUAUAUAGAUAAUUCAAGUUCACAACGAUUUCUUUUAUCAAAUGUUUAAUCAACUAUUCAAGCCAUUAGUUGGUUAUUUGACUAUUAUCUUGUGGCAUUUAUUUGCUUUUUUCAUUCAGAAUUUUAUCUCAAUCAGAAGAAUCGUCUAACGCUUCAAUAUCAGCUCGAUAUCACAUCCAAAUGAGAAAGAAAAAGGACUAGAUAGAGUGAACCAUCUUAAUUAUUGACCCUAAUUCCCCCUUACCCUAGAAGAACACAACCAAACACAAUAAGAAAUAAAAUGAGAUACAAUCAAAUAAGUUGAAAUUAAAGAAAAUAGUGUCCUUGUUUAUAAAUUAAACAUUCAAAUCAUUAGACAUCUGUUCUGUAACAUUUAAAUUUUCUGAAUUAGUGUUUAACUUUUAUUCGAAGAAUUGCAAGCAAAAUUUUGCAAAUAGAUAUGGGCUUUUAACCCUUGGUAUCCAGAAAUUCCCUUCAUGUAAAUAGGCUAGCUCGAUUUUAACUCCAUAAUAUUUAGGAGAGAAGGGAGAUAUAUUCGGUUCUUGCCUUGGGAAAAACCAGUGAACCGUUCUAUGAGAAAAAACUAAGUAAACACAGGCUGCUGAGCAGUAGGUCCAUCAAAAAGGGAAAGAUAAUGGUACGUUUUAUGGGUGAUAUUUACCACUAUCUUUACUUAUCAAUUUAUCUUUUUGUUCGUCAAUCACUUUAAUCAACAAAGUGACUAGAAAUGACAUGAUUAUCGUCAAGAACUUCCGAUAUUCAAUUUUCAGAUAAAGCAAUAUCGGAACGUUUGUCGCUGAACGAACAAUGGAUGUUGACGUUGAACUCAAUGCUGUACAAAUAUAUUUAAAAAGGAUCAUUCUAUGGUUUCCUUCGCACCUUUUCAGAAUGUGAGAAUCUAUUUGGCUUUUAACAUGUACUUUGCUAUGGAUUUUGUAGACAGAUUUAUUGGAUUAUUGCCCAAUUGGGUAAAGUUUAUGGACAGUGCAGCAAUAAAAUUCUAAUCAACAAGAGAGCGAUAUGAACUAAGUCCGUUCACAAUAUGGAAAUCCAUAUAGACACGUAUUCUGGUAACAAAUGGUAUGGUGGUCUAGCUUAAUUUCAAUAUAUGAUAGUAGACAGUUUUGGGAAUCUUCCCAAUUGUCCACUUGAGGAGGCUCUAGGAGGUUUUUGCUCAAUGUUGGUGCGCGCACACCUAAUGAAAUCUGAAAUUUAAAAUAUUCGAAUUCCUUGAUUCUGAUUGCUCCUUUUUUCGGAACAAGCUCGACCUGCCCUCUCUUUUUCUUGAUGGUUAAGAACGGUUCCUACUUCUAAACAUUGGUUAAGGCUUUUUUUAAGGCUCAUGUAUCUUGCACGUCUUUGCCGCUCACAGGCUAAUAUUGCUGUGAGUCUAAAUCUUUAAAACAAUAUACCAAUUCUGCAAAAGACACGUACAUUCAGGUAAGAUGAACAAUAUACACUGUAGUAUGCUAUGUCUUCAGUCAAGUAUGACACGUCCCAGUCGUGAUAAAAUUGGUUGUCCCCUGAUGUGUUAGAAUUUGGUUUUAUUACCUUCUGCAGGCCAUGUUUUAGUCUUGCGAAAUAAUUAUUUCUGUUCUUUUGUGAGCAGCUAAUGUUUCUUAAAAAAACUGAUUUUCAAGGACAGGUAGCCCCGAUGAUCUGUUUAACACUUGGAUUCCAUCUCAAUUUUUAGGGCAACGUCCCUGGAAAGCUCUUAAAUCAUUUGGCAAUUGCUAACAGCAUUGAGGUUAUCCUUUCUGGAAAGCCUGAACUGAUUGAAUUUCGUUUUGUUAUAUUUAGUAGGCUAUUCCCUAGUCUUGCAGAAUACAUAAAUGAAAAAGAAAAAUUAUUUCUGUGGUUUUGUGAGCGACUACUUCCCCUUCAACCAAAACAUGAUUUUCAUGGACAGUUUUCCCCAAUGAUUUAUUCAGCACCUAGAGCCCAUUAAUAUGUUUUAGGCAUCUAUUCUAAUAAUUCUGACUUACUCUCAUGGAGAGAAUCCUUGCAGCGCUUCCAUAUGGACUUCUAUUACAAUCUGAUCUAAUAAAAAGCAAAUUUUCGAACUUCGCUUAUGUAGCAAGGGAAAAAACAAUAGUGCAUUCUAGCUCUGUAAAAAGAUUCCUCAAGGUAUCAGACCCCCACAAACAAAAACACUGUCAUUGCUUGAGUAAAACAGAUAUCAGUAGAGAUAUGUUCCUAGUAUUAACAAUAAACACACCCAAGAAGACUUUAAAGUCCAAAAGCUUUUAAGACAAAAUUGAAGGUAGCGCGCAAAGAAAUUUUCCAAAUACUUUCAACGCUUUAAAGGUGUAAAAGUUUCACUAAGUCAUCGUCAAGUUGAAAGAUUGUCGGAACUUGCCAAUAUUUUGAUUACAAUUGAGAUAGGCACGACUAUUUCUGGAUAUAUUUGGAGGAGUUUAAGAAGGGCAAAAAAUGGUGAUACUGUAAAGAGUUCGGUCUUUCUUUUUCUCAAGAAAAACAAAAAUACAGGAAUUAAUAUUUGCAAAAUAGAUUUUAUUUUCCAUACCCAAUUUUAGUCUUUUUUACUGAAUUUAACCUUGAAUCAUUAAAAUUACUUCAGUCAGAGAAGUUAAAACUUCCUUUUGUUUAUGUAUAAAGAAAGAUUUACAUGCUCUUUUGAUCAUUUUCAUUGUUGAUAUCCCAACACAGCAGUGAUCAAAUGAAUAUCGUUACAUGUAUUCAAUAUAGACCUAAGUACUAAUCUACUAAUAGAUCUAAUUUUACGCACUUGGUUUCCUCUAAUUGUUCGCUCCUUACGUUGUUGUCAAGCAUUAACAAUCCAUCAAUCCAUCAUUAGUUCGUUUAGACGUUGCUCUCUCAACAAUUCUUUAAUUAAAACUGAUCGACAACAGUCUUGCCCUCUUUUUGAUAAGGGAAGAGUUCCUAUUUUGAUGCUAUAAGUGCAGUAUCUAAGCAGCAAGACAUUUUCAUCGAAGUACUUCAGUUUUCGGUGAAGCUUUGCAAUUGAAGCUACCCAGGACAUAAAAUCAAAUAUUUUAGACGAAAAAAUUGCCGAACAAUGUAACACCAAUUUGUCAUAGAGAAUUCUAAAUACAACGUUUUAGAAUUUUAGUAAUGUACCCAGAAAAACCUUCCUCUCGUAUCAAAACUCUAUUUCUAUUUAUUCUACUCGUUGAGGCUUCCGUAAAAUAAUGUAGAAUAAUGCUGUUCCGUAGACUUGUUCUAGUUUCUCCUGUUGACUGUUUGCCAUUCGCCCUACCUAGAUGCUUAACCCAUAGGAAAGAGGUGAAAUUUCGGUUGGUAGGAUAAUUGCAAUAUUUAGCUGAAGGUCAUUUCAUCGAGAUGCUAAUCAGUGAGACCCUAUCAAAAAAAUUAGAAAUAUCAGACGAGUAAAUUGUCCAGCCACGUAACAUGAAAUUGACGUAUUAGUAAGUCUAAAUAUAACUGUUCUUAAUUUAGAAGUUCGAUUAUCGGCUGAGAUUUCAAAAUAAUUAAAACGAAAAGAGAGACAUCUCGUAUCACAUCAACAUUAUUCCAAACUUAAAGGCUUCUGUCUAAUAGUGUUGUUCCGUAAAAUUGUUCUUGAUGCAGUUUAUUGUCUCUCGCGUGCACUAACUUUAAGGUCAACCUCUCUAUUUUUAGCCUUAGACUAUUAAGAGUGCUUGAAGAGUGCUUCGACGCUUCCAUGCCUUUGUCUUGUCACCUAUUGCACCAUAUAAUACUACUUUUAUUUUCCUGUUUUUAAUCCUUCCCUAAUUAAUUUCAUGCAAAGCAUACAAUGUAAUAUAUUGAGUUUUGGUUCUACAGUAUUAGCCUCUCUAUGAAUCCCAUAAAUGGGCCGAUGAGGGUGUCACCAGAGCCACUCUCUGCCCGGAGUUAAAACGGAUUCAGCCAUGCAGAUGAAACUUUUGUUGAUCAGCUGUUUCCUUCUUGGAGCCUGCACAGCCUCUUACCUGGCGGAAAAGCGGGAAGGUAUUGGAUCAAAAUUAUGAGAGCAUGAUUAUUUUUAUUAGACCAUUCAUUCCUUUUUCCAUCAGUCCAGUGGUGUUACUUUCACUAAGUACUCUUUUUUUCCUUCCCUAGAUGCUCCUCUGAGUGAGGAUACAGGUCAGUUUAAGAAGUUACUUAGUUACUUUUUGAAGCCUGAUUAAAAAAAAGUUUUACCAAAAAACAUAAGAAUACUCAUAAGAAUUAUCUUCAAUACAGUUCUCACGAACGUGGAUAAGAAAGCAACUCUAAGUCUCCAGCGUACUUUGAUUUUCACAUUUAAUCGAUUUUUUUUUUACUUUCCUUUUCCCCAUAAAAUAGCCCAAGAAGUUGAAGAUCUGAAUGACGAAGACUUCGGGACUGCCUCUGAUAAAUUUGACAGAGAGAAUGACGAGGAGCCGGAAAAUGAAGAUGAAGCCUUUGAAGAAUUAAGAGAUGAAGAAAACGAGAUGGAUACUAAGGAAUUAGAAGAAAUGAACGAUGAAGACGAAGAGACAGGCAAGAGUUGAUCAUUAAAUUUCGUUAACGAGAAAACCGAGUUCUGUCUCCGCUUCGGAGAUGAGAUCCAAGUUAUAAUGUCAAUGGAGAGAGUUUGGAAUUUUUCUACUCAUCGGGAAGAAACUCGUGAAAGAAUCGUGCAGGAUAAACAGGGGUAACUUUAAUUGUCAUUUUCUGCAUCAACCAGGUUUUUUAAGCAGGUUUUGGUUGACAACAGUUGAAAGUUGGUAUGAAAGGUAGUAUGGGAAGGAACAAAAGCUGACUCUUGCGAGAUUUAUAUUUCAAUCGCAAAAUACGAAUCAAGGAAAAGAAAACUGCUCGCUACACUGAUUAUACCGAAAGGAUCCGUAUAACGCCUGAAUUUGUCUUAUCAUAGGGAUUACUGGGCGAUUUACUUCCUUGGAAACAAAGAAAAAUUACGUAGGACAUGAUGACACAAUUAUCAAUGAGGUAAACUGUGAGAAAAGCACUUUCUAACCAGAUGUUAUGAUUUUUGUUCCAUCAGAUGAAGAUGAAGUUUCUGAGGAUCCAAGACCGGUGCCAAGAAAGUCAAAAAAGAAAUAUGGUAAAGUUAUUCAACAUUUCUUGAUAUUACAUCUUGAUCUUAUAUCUUGAUUUUUGAUCCAUGAAACGUUCUUGCUCGCGCACGAUUUGUAUUCGGUCAGGCGGCCGAAUAUCCCCCAGCUAAAACUGGGACAUAGUCAAGGCUAUCACCCAACUGAUAGGCUUUAAUUCAAGAAGAUAUAGCAGAAAAUGGGAAUUAUUCGUUUGUUCAUAAAAUCGUACUGGAGAACGCUCAAAAGAAAACAUCCGACGCGCGCUGCAAAAUGUUUGAAGGAUAAUAAUUACAAAGGCUCUAUUUUACACGAAAAUGCACUCGUGUAUUUGUCCUUCGAAGCAGAUUUCGCAUCUUCGAACAGAUAAUGUCGGAGGAUAAAUGUUCCUGUAUAUUUUUACGUCAAAUAGAGGCUAUUGUUUCCACCUUGCCAAGAUAUAAUUAAAGCAACAUCAUUAUUACAUCACACAAUUAUUUCGUUAAAUUUGGAAGAAAUCUUAAUGAAUGGGCCUUUUGUCUGAUUCUGAGAUUUUUAUGUUCGAUAAUCCAUUGUUUGAUAUUAAUGGUCUAGAGUAUUUUUUUUCGUAAUUAUUUUAGGUUAUUUGUAUGGGAAAGGAAAAGGCUACCGCAAGUACCGUAAAGGACCCUACCGAAAAAAACUUAGGAAAAGCUACCGCAAAGCCUACCGUAAAUAUCGUGGCCGAAAGGGUUACUACCCGAAAAAAGGAAAAGGUUACGGCUACCGCUACGGCUACCGCCACCCCUACUAGCCCUACGGUCGUUAGAAUGGUGAGUCUUUCACAAAUAUCGAUUAAAGAUUGCUACAAGCUUGUAAUCGCGCUGAAAAUUGAAGGCAUUUUUUAAACAAGAAAUGCAUGUACUGGUCGUUGUUCAGUUGUCUCUCUGAUACUUGUAACAUGCCAUAGAUAAUUACGCUUGUCCCAACUGGCCUCACUACUCACUAAAGUAACUUUAGAAAGGACACUUUCUCAUUUUCUUUUCGCUAUUUCAGGUUAGGCGAAAAUGAUUAGACUGGACCAAGACCCACGCAAGAUGAAUAAAGUUGCUUUAAAGUCAUAGCUGAAAUUGUAGCUUUAAAAGCGUUAAAUAAAUUUUUUUGGUUCAAUUGACAUCCUUGUUCUCUUUUCUUAUUUCAUUUUAUUUAUUUAUCUGCUGCAAACCGCAAGCUACACAAUUCACAUCACAAUUGACCAAAUUCUGAAAUAAAUGAUUUGAAUUUUUUCAUCUUGUCCUAAACGUUUAUCAGCACGCUUUAUCACUACUUUCCUGCGGUUUCAACCUUUAGUGGCAUUCAUUUGUCAAACAACAACCGCAUAAUACAACAUGAAUGAAAGAAAAUAAUUCUAGUUUUCCAAAAACCAUAAAAGUCAUAUACGGCCAAAUAUUGUAAUACUUGAUCGGAAAAUAAUGUAAGAAAUCUUCAGUCAAUACUUGUAGGUGAUAAAAUAGAAACGAAACUGAACUAGAGGCUUGAAUUAGUUGCGAGACUGGGGAAACGUAAAUAAUUUGGAGUGAUUUUUAUCAGGGUUGAAUUUAAUCCCUCAUUAUAACUAUUCUACAAGUUCUUCAACCCAAGGAACAAGGCAGGAUAAAGCGGCGCCUGAAAAUAAAGAUCCUAUUAAUCAUCCUUUUGUAUAUUCGAUGAGUGCAUCACUCAUCGGUUUAUGGUGCAUCACUCAAAUGAAGCACCACUCUGGCCCUCGUCUAACAAUAAAAUACCAUGGCAGUUUUUAAAAGUGUUUAAACGAUGAGCAAUAAUGAUAACAAGUAAAUAAAGGGUGGAUUUCUAGAAAAAAUUGUGGUACUGCGUCUGUGAGGAGUAAAACUAGAUCAUUUGGCUUCAUCAGCUUAGAUGACAAUGUAAACUGAUAACCGUAAAGAUUGUCAAAUUUGGCGUUUGGGGCUCACGAUUUAGCGUAAACCCCAAAAAUAAAAAAAAUAAACAUUGCUUAAUUUGUUACGCUGAAUUUGCGUAACAUUGCCAAAUUGUUGCGCUAGAUUUGCGUAACAUUUCCUGUUUGCGGGUGUUUUUUGCAGUUUUCACCUCAAUUUGAACGUGAUUUGUACUGUAAAUGUCAAGUAUAUUCGUUGUUCUAUUUUGUUCAUCUUGUUAAAUCCCUGAUGAAGUCUGUGUGAUCAGACGAAACCGGUUGGAUAAUAAACCAAGUUGACAAGAUCUGUUGCUGUAUGCUGCUCACUAGUUUUUAAAAAAAAAAAAAAUUAAAAAAAAAAAUUAGCAGUGAUUGGUAACUGGUGGUAUGACAUUGAUUCCGAUAACAUCCUUAAUUGUCCACGUUCCAACUAUUAUUUCCUAACUCAGCUGAAUCAACUCUUAGAUAAUACCACUUCAAAGUGUCUUUCUAUGUUUCAUUGUAAUAUCAGAAGUCUUCCAAAGCAUUUGUCUCUAUUGAACGAGUUUUUACAUUCUGUUAACCGCAAGCCUGAUAUCUUAGCUAUUACUGAAACGAGACUAUCAAACCGGACAAUAACAAAUGUUGAUAUCCUCAAUUAUGAUUUCUUCCACAUCAACCUACCAAAACAGACUAGCGGUUCUGGGCUUUAUGUCUCGAAAAAUCCUAAUGCCAUUCAUGGACCUGAUUUAAAGUUUACCAUACCAUUGACGAAUCAUCCUGGUGAGAAAUCACUUCUGGGAAUGGGAGACCUAAUGUAAUUGUUGGUUGCUUUUUCCGCCAUCUUCUUGUAAUUUACCUGCUUUUACUUUUGAAUUUGAAACUUUGCUUAAAGAGGCAAUUCAGUAUGAGAUAUACAUUCUUGGCGAUCUUAAUAUAGAUCUCCUGGAAUUUAGUGAGCAUUUAUUAUCUGAAGAGUACCUAACUAUGCGCUAUUCUCACAAUCUACUACCUCUAAUAACAAAACCAACCGGGCUCGCUCAAGGUACUCAUACUUCUACUCUGAUUGACCACAUUUACAUAAAUUCUAAUUUGAGUGUGGAUGCCGGCAUGUGCUGGUUAAUGUCUGAGAUAAUUCUAUUACCAGUGCUUGGUCGAUAAAUACCAAGGUAUCAGAGAGCAUUCUAUUUCGUGAUUAUAAAAACUUUGAUAUGGACCAGUAUGUUAGAGAUGUCGAUACGGUUGAUUUGAUCAAUGUAUACAAUGAUCCAAUGAUAUUCAUGAGGAAGCUGCUAAUUGUAUAAGUAUGCUCAACCGAAAUGCAAACAAGCAUGCACAUAUAAAGAAAAAGGAGGCAAUUGACCAAACCGUGGCUUACUAAAGGUGUAUUGACUACAGUUAAGCAUAGCCAGAAGUUAUACAAAUCACACUUCCUCAUUAGAGAUCCUGAUAAGGUAAAAGAAUAUAAGCUUCAUGCUAAUACUCUAAACUUAAUCAAAACUAAGGCUGAGAAUUAUUUCUACUAUCAGCACUUCAAAUUCCAUCAAAAUGAUCUUAAGACCGCCUGGAAGCUCAUGGGCACAUUAGUCAAGAGAAAAAAUAAAGGCCCAAAUUGUCCUGUUAGAAUUAAAAGAAAUAGUAUAGAGCUCACUUAUCAAUUAGAUAUUGCUGAGCAGUUUAAUCAGCAUUUUAUUGAUGCCGUUCCUAACUUGGCAAAAACUGUUUAUAAUACUCAUGGAGAUCCACGUGGACUUAUAAAUCAUUCUACUUUACAUAGGUUUUCUUUGUCUCCUGUGAAAGAGGAGUGGGUUGCUGACUUUUUCCCUUGCUUAAAUGAUAAGAAAUCGUCACUAGAUGUUCCAAAUCAAUUGGUUAGAUUAGCCUCUAAAUCCUAUCCAAACCAUUUGCAUUUAUUUUUAAUAAUUCAAUCUCUACUGGCAUUGUGCCUGAUUAUUUAAAGUUUCAAAGUAAUUCCCGUUUUUAAAAGUGGAGCUUUGUCUGAUCCUGGUAAACACCAGCCAAUAGUUAUACUAUCCCCCCUCAGUGAGUUCUUGGAGCGAGUCAUUUAUGAUCAGCGAGUGAAAUACCUUGAUGGGCACGAUGUAAUUUUUAAGAACCCGUGGCUUGAGAAAAAGCCAUUCCACUGAGCAAGCGAUUAUGGAGAUCACUGAUAAUCUUAAAGCCUCUAUUGACAGAAAUUUUAUAUCUUGUGGCUUUCUCUUAGAAUUCUCAAAAGCAUUUCAUACAGUAAAUAAUCAAAUAUUGUGACAAACUCUAUAAAUAUGGUAUCCGAGGUAAGCCGCGUGAUUGGUUUGCAAGUUAUCUCCAAGAUCGCAAGCAAUUUGUUCAAAUUGAGAAUGAAAAGUCAAGUUUAUUAGAGAUGGCUUGUGGUGUACCACAAGUAUCUACUUCAGGCUACUACUCCUUAUUAUUUUUAAUUCAUAUCAAUGACCUUGCCAAUUCAUCUCACAAAUUGUCCUUUCGCCUUUUUGCUGACGAUGCUAACAUCUUCCAUACUUCAGAUGACAUAAAUGAUAUUGAAUCAGUUAUGAACUGUGAAACUAUUAAUUAAACAAUCUGUUGGCAUGAAAAAAAAUUAACUUCAUGUUAAGAACCUCACCAAGGAAAAAAGUUACUCCUAUAAAUGUUUUUAAUUUUCAGCACAUGACUUACAUUAAGUACCUUGAUGUUUAUAGAGAUCAAAAAUUGAAUUGGAAAGAUCAAAAAACCCAUGUUAAAACCAAGGCCUAGGCAGCUAAAAAUAUUGGGGUCUUAUAUAAAUUUUGACACUACGUGAGUAUACAUGUUUUAUACACUGAUAUAUCCCUAUUGAAAUUAUGCCAUUGUAGUCUGGGGAAAUACUCAUCCAUCAAAUCUAAACAAGUUUUAUUCUCUUUAGAAUAAUUGCAUUUGUUGUAUGUGUUUUGCUUAUAGUAGAGAGUCAUCCCAAGUUUUCUAUAAGCUUCUUGAUAUUCUUAAAUUCGAUAAUAUUGUUAAACUGAGUACGUGCCUACUCGCACAUAAGAUAUUGAACAAGUAUUCCAGUAUUCUUUUCCUGUUUUAUGAUUCUCUCAGAACAGUUUCUAGCCUGCACAAGUAUAACGCCAGAUACGCCUCGAAGGGUAUUUCAUCGACCAAAAGUAAGAUUUAACACUGUCAAAUUUACCUUUGUAUAUGUAGCCUCUAAAUUUUGGGAAACGGUACCAACAAACUGGAAACGGCUCUCUAUUCAUGGCUUUAAAAAGCGUUAUAAAUAUCAUCCCCUCAAAUAUCAGUCUUAG